AUGCCUCCACCCCCUCAUCCACCUCCCCCAUCGAAGAAGAAGAGGAAAUACAAGCGACCAAAGUCGUCGUACUUCUUCUGGCUUGGCGUGUUGUCCAUUUUUUUCGGCGUCGAGUUGUUGCAGAAUUUUGCGCGAUAUUUUAUCGCGAAAAAUCCAUCCGCACUCCGAGCGACGGAGUAUCACGAGAGCGGAAUGACGAUGACGUCGCUGACGCAUCGCGACGAUGAUGAUACUAAAUAUAAUAAUAAGAAUGUCGACGAGAGCAGUCGAAAGAAGGAUAUUUUGAUCUCUUCUUCCGAUGAUGAAACCACGGCUUCUUCUUCAACAAAUGCAGCACUUCUUCGACAACACGAAACGAGCAACAGAGGAAGCCCUCAAGCCGCGAUGAAGAACAACAACGCGUGUCGAUGCGCGGACGACGACACAAAAUCCAUCCAUUGUAACGUGAAUUACCCCGAGGAGUCCGCGGUAGCCGCAUCGUGUGUGUUUAGAAAUCAAACGCGAUCAGUCGUGUAUGCGUACGUGAAGAACGCGCUCGCCGCGUCUUCGUCGCCGCGAGAGGAGGAUUUUAGAGGCGUGACGAGGCGGCAAAGAGAAGCUCGUCUUCUUCGACGAUUGAACAACGCCAUAGAUUAUAUCAGAGGGAAUCACGAGAGCGAAGAAAGUGUGAGAAGAAAGUUAGGUUUGACCGAGGAAGAGAUGCGCGCGGCGAAGGACGUAGUUCGGAUCGAGUUGGCGGGCGCCAAGGCUAUUUUAGGAAAAAUCCCGCAGCUCAUCGUGCCGAGUAAAUUUGGAGCGACGGAUUUAAGCAGAGAUAUGUUUUAUACGAAAAUGAAUUGGGCGAGAAUUCGAGAUAAAUACGAUGGUUUUUUUAACGAGGAGAGUUCGGAUAUGUUGCCUUUCAACGAGGAGGAGUUUACAAAGCUGAGAGUGUUUGAGACAUGCGCGGUAGUUGGGAAUUCAGGAUCGCUUUUGAAAUCGAGUUUAGGGGUAGAUAUUGAUUCGCACGAUGCGGUCUUUCGUUUGAAUAACGCUCCAGCAGGAAAUGGCAUGAUGAUGAAUGGAGGAGAGAGCUUUGAGAACAGUAAUGGUAGAUUGAUGCGGGACGUGGGCGGAAAAAUAACGGUGCGCGUGUUAAAUAAAAAAUGGACCGAAAAGUGGAGUUUAGAGAGCGAGAGUAAAAUCACUGAACGCUUGGAAGCCGAUUUGGAAACCAACGAGAAAGUUCUAUACAUCGCUUCGCGGUGUAACGUGAAGGAGUUUACUAAGUUUUGCAAAAACACGGUCAAGAGGAGACCAAAUUUCGUGAAGGCGUUGUUUUUGACUUCGCGAGCGAAUUCGCACGCGGCGAAACUUUUGUCAAUUUUUCGUCGGGGCAUCUCCGAGAUUCUUUCGCCAGUGGUAAAUUACAAACCAAGCGACGCGUUCAAGUUCAAUGGUGGUGAUUCGAGCGAUAGAAGUGGUGCUGGCUUCGAUGCCACCUUGGAUAUUUUCAAAGGUGGUAACGCCCCUUCGACUGGAUUUUUGACCGCAUACAUGGCGCUUCAAUUCUGCGGUAACGAAAGAGGAGGAGGAGGAAGACGAGGGGCGGCGGUUUCGGUUUUCGGUUUUAGUGCAGAUGAGUGUAAAGUGCACGGGUGCAAAACGAGUGGAGCGUACCACUACUUCCCUAAAGAACGCGGCGAAGCGAACUACGAACCUCGAGCGCACCCGUCUCACGCGUUCGACUUGGAAGCGAUGGUCUUGCGAGGCAUGGAAGAGAGCGGCUACUUGGCGUAUCAUUAA